CUCUCUUGUCGUGAUCUCAAGUGCUCGUACACAGUCAAGCAGCAACGGCUUAGUGGACAGUUCUUCUCGGUUCCUCCCAGAUCGAACACUCUUUUUUCCAGAGCGGCCCCCCUUACGACCAACACGACUGCAGUCAAGCGUUGUCGUCGCCACACUUUCACCCUCACUCAACCUCCGCCGCUGCCCCACGCCGCGACCACUUACGCGCACGCCCGACGACGAUCACCCUGUGCCUGGCCUGUCCCAGUCCUGUAGGCCUCGACCUCCGUGGCGGCCCGCCCGCAGGCAGUCCCCGCUCCAUCGACAUCCUCCCAUUCGCAGUUGGCAGCCUGCAUACAGUGGACUCUCGUCUCACUGCCGUGUCGCAUCUCUUUCCUGCGAUUCCUUGUUUCUUCUCCUCUCUCCCUCUUGCAUAGCAUCUGCGUCGCACAAACGAACCCCAAGCCACUCAGUCAAAAUGUCGGACCUCUCGGGGCGCAAGGUAUUCAAGGUCUUCAACCAGGACUUCAUCGUCGACGAGCGCUACACCGUCACCAAGGAGCUUGGGCAGGGAGCCUACGGUAUCGUCUGCGCUGCCGUCAACAACCAAACCAGCGAGGGCGUCGCGAUCAAGAAAGUGACCAAUGUCUUUAGCAAAAAGAUUCUCGCCAAGCGCGCCCUGCGCGAGAUCAAGCUGCUCCAGCACUUUCGCGGACAUCGCAACAUCACAUGCUUGUUUGACAUGGAUAUUCCCAGACCAGACAACUACAAUGAGACAUAUCUAUACGAGGAGUUGAUGGAGUGUGACCUGGCAGCCAUUAUCCGCUCCGGCCAACCUUUGACCGAUGCCCACUUCCAAUCCUUCAUCUACCAGAUUCUCUGCGGCCUCAAGUACAUCCACUCGGCGAAUGUGCUUCAUCGUGACUUGAAGCCCGGUAACUUGCUGGUGAACGCGGACUGCGAGCUCAAGAUUUGCGAUUUCGGUCUCGCUCGUGGUUUCUCGGUGGACCCGGAUGAGAAUGCUGGCUACAUGACCGAGUAUGUCGCCACUCGCUGGUACCGUGCUCCAGAAAUCAUGUUGAGCUUCCAGAGCUACACGAAAGCCAUUGACGUUUGGUCCGUUGGUUGCAUUCUCGCCGAACUGCUUGGUGGUCGGCCAUUCUUCAAAGGCCGUGACUACGUCGACCAGCUGAACCAGAUCUUGCACAUCCUCGGCACUCCCAAUGAGGAGACCCUGUCGCGCAUUGGAUCGUCGCGUGCUCAGGAGUACGUUCGCAACUUGCCGUACAUGGCCAAGCGCCCCUUCCCGUCCUUGUUCCCGAACGCCAACCCCGAUGCACUCGACCUCCUUGACCGCAUGCUGGCCUUUGAUCCUUCGUCACGCAUCAGCGUUGAACAGGCGCUUGAGCACCCUUACCUCCAGAUUUGGCACGACGCCUCAGACGAGCCCGAUUGCCCGACCACCUUCAACUUCGACUUCGAGGUUGUCGACGACGUGGGCGAGAUGCGCAAGAUGAUCCUUGAUGAGGUCUAUCGCUUCAGACAGCAGGUGCGGACGGUACCUGGGGCCAACGCUGGCCUCGGUGCUGGUCAGCAGGCUGGCGCUGGCCAGGUGCCCAUGCCUACUGGUGGCAACAGUCAGUGGAAGCAGGAAGAGCCUAGGCCACAGGAAUACAUGGACAGCAUGGGCGGGCUGGAAGCCGACCUUGCUGGUGGUCUGGAUGCUGGUCGGAGAUGAUGCAGGAGCCGGCAGUCUGUAGUCCAAAGCGAUUUUGAAUAGAACGAUACCACCUCAAUGAGGAAUAUGAAUAUGAUUCAAAAGAAGGUUGCACUGUGUCGUCACGGCAUGGGGAGGAGCAUAAUCUCAAGUCAGCGGGCGGCUCGAAUGCUCUCAAGGAGAGUACCUAAGUAAGAGUUCGCAAAGUCUAUCGGACAAUUUGACAUGUAAACAGGCGGCUACCGAACGCCAAAGUGCAAAGCGCAGAGUGCUAAAGAUUCGCAGCACUAGGACAGUCGGGCCGCAGUCUAUGCUUCAUGCUAGACCGAGACCUUCAGCCUCUGGUGCUGGGUUGGUCAAGAUGGAGGCCACUGAGAAACUCGAGGGGUCUUGAAAGGGCUGGAUAGUGAGUGUGUAAGUGCAAGUAUAGGUAUAGGUAUAGGUAUAGGUAUUGGUG